CCAAAUCCAUGUGAUUUUGUUUUUAAGCUAUAUUUAGGUGCCAGAUUAUGAACAAAUGCUCGUUCGACGUUAGUUAAGAUUGAUGGAAACUGAAAAACUGUCUCAUUUGAAUGAAAAAACUUUUCAAUCAUUUUCUCAGCUUUUAUACGGAAUUCAGCAUCAAUAAGAACAGAAUCCAUAUCCUUCUUUUUUGAACGUCUCAUAUGUGCCAUUUUAAGUUAUAAACUAAAGCUAGAAUUAUUUUAUUUCAACAAAUAUUGAAAUAUCAAAAAUUUCUUUCUCUUAUUUUUUUGUCAACAAUUCUGAGAAGACCGAAUUUGAAAUUGGCGGGAAAAUAAAAUAAAGAUUUUUAAAACUAUUUAAUUUACCUGGAAAUAAGGUUUAAUUAACACUUUAAAUCACCAAUAGAUCAUUCAAUUCUCUUAUUCUACCUGAAUUAGUCGAAGAACCAACAGAAAAGUGUCAAUUUUAAGUAAAAUCAAAAAUACAUUAAUAACAGCACAAAAAUGUAUCGUAGAAGGAUUGAAAAGAAAUUUUUGACAACUGCAGCUAGCGCAAAUGCCAGUCGACCAGUUCCAGUAUAUCAAUCACAGCAAAAAACACAAAAUGAAGUGAAUGAAAAGGAAAAUGAAGACGAAGUAAUCCAAUCAUCACAGCAGAAUGAAGAUGAGAGUAGAACACAGUCACGAUUCAAGUCACAGCGAGCUAUUUUGGUCCAAUCGACUCAGCAAGAGUUGAGGAAAGGCAAGGGAUACUUAGAAGUGACUUUAUUGAACUGUAGAAUGGAGUUUACGGAAAUGGGUUGUGAGCUGAUUGAUGGCAAGGAUGAUCCUUUAUCAUUCACAAGACGUUUUCGAACAUUUAUGUCAUCUAAAAAAGAUGCAGCACAAAGCAAGGAUGAUUAUUUGAAGGAAUUUAAAAAGGAUUUUGUGUUGACUGACAAUCUUAAGAAAGACAAGUGCAUCCAUUUAAUGAGAGGAAUAUUCAUUAAGGAUGGAGAACAAAAGUAUCAGACACAAACGACACUUAUAAUGUGCUUAUUAGCCAUUGACUGCUUCAAAAAUGAACUUCCAAAAAUUUUGAUAAUUCGACUCAAAGAAUAUGUAAUAGAGAAAGGAGAUGAUGCUGACAAGAUCAUUAUUGGACUUGUUCUCAUGCAGUUUAAAUUCUCAGAGCAAUUUCUUGACGACGAGACUUAUGACUUUAUGUUUGAGGAAUUAUUUGAAAUUUUAAGUCAUUGCAAGAAAUUUGAAUGUCGUGAUGUGAUUGUUCAGCAUUUCCGCGAAUUAAGUCUUCCAAAACAGGAAGAAGCAGCACGUAGACUUUAUAUUAUGUAUGAAACAAACAAGACAGAAUUACUAAAAUUUAUUGACACAUUUUGCGACAUGACACUCGAUACUUCCUUAGCCGAACAAGUCUUUAUUGUUAUUCAACAAUACAUUGAGAAGGAUUGUUCUGUCCAGCACUAUCCAGCAAUGCUUAAAUAUUCACAGUUUUAUGCAUCAUCAAAUAUUGAAAUAGUUGACAUGCUGCGCGAAAGAAUUAAAUGGGAAUCAUGCACAAAGGAUAUUAUUGAUGAGAUGUUUAAGUUGAUUGACAAGUCUAUUAAGAGAGAUAACUCGAAAUUGAUUGAGUCGUGGCUGACUGUUAUCUCUGAAGUUCGUAAUAAUGAAGAAUUAAGGCUUAUUGAUUUUAUAAUACUCAUCAGCAUAGCUGACACAAAUACUGAAGCUCAUCAACGAAAUGUCAAGAAAAUUCUCUUGGAUCAGAUCUCAAAAGGAUUAUUCCCAGAAAACCACUUAAAGAAGUCAUUCAAAGUAUUCUCUAAAAUAAUCGUUGAAAAUUCACAAACUUUACUGGAAAUGCUUGACGGCUUUCAAAAGACUCGAGAAAAUCAGCAAAUGUACAAUUUCCUUGCAACCUGCUACAAACUUAUUUUCAGAUACUCUAAUGAAGUUAAACCGAUUAUUGGAUCACUUGUUAAUUUCUUGUGUGAAAAGAAAGCAGCACUUCCUUUUUCAUCAGCAUCAGAAUUUAAAGUUACAAUUCUUAACAUAUUUAAUGACAUAAAGAAUGACAAAGUCACUUCAGCUGGAUCUUUAUUGAUUAAUUACAAGCUAUUGCUUCGUGUUCUGGAUCUUUGGAAGACAGAAUUGUCAUUUAAUGAACAUCGUCUUUAUGUUGAAUUUUUAUGUUCUUUAGUCUACAAAAUAGAUUACUCAAAAGGCUUCAAAAAAGUACAGUUAACAAGUUUGAAUGAAAGUAAGGAUGCACUGCGUGAUCACUUAAAUAUGCUGGUCGUAAAACAUAUAAAUAACCCAGACGAAAGAAUUAAGCAGCUUGGAAUUAUUGGAGCUGUAAAAAUUGUAAGUGCUUUAGUUGUGGACACUUUAUGUGAAUCUGAAUUUACCGAAAAUCAAACAAUUAACAUUGAUGACAUGCCAAGAGGACCUGUAAAGGAUGCAGCAGAUCUUGUAGACUUGAUGAUGUCCGCAGCAAAUGAAGAUCAAGAAAUUCUUUCAAUGCUUUUUGAUGAACUUUCAUUUGAAUUUAAGCCAACACAAAAUGAGUCAAUGAUUAAUCAAAUGUUCUUAGGCUGGCUUGGGGCAAUCACAUUGACAAAGUUAGAGGAUUUAGUAACAAUUUCUGUUGACUUGGAUCUUCCAGAAUAUGAUGGAAUUAAGCUAGACAAUAAAUUUGAGAUUAUUGAUGAACAAUACGAAAAAUCAGAACUUGGGAUUAAGCUUGGCGUUCUUGUGUUUGAAAAGUCUAAAGAUAUCAUCAUAGUUCCUUCAUUGUUCAAACUUACACGAUGUAUUAAUCUCCAACGUUUCGGGAAUGUCGAUUUUAUGGCUGGGUUAGUUUCCAUGCCACUUUCAUUGCCUGAAAAAUUCGGAUCUGAAGAUGACUUUUUGGUUGACGACCCGGAACUAGCUAAAUUACAGUUGGAUCUUUACUUUCACACAUGCAACUGGCUACGAGAAAUUAUUGGGGGAUUUUUACAGUCAUCUGAUGAUAUUUUUGUUAAACAAGUCAUGAAAAAGCGUUUAAUGCAAUUAAUUAUGAUUGAGAAGCAACUUGACAACUUACUCCAAAAUGCACCGCCAAAUUAUCUUCCACCAUUCCUGAACUUCCUUCAAAAUGAACACAAAAAGAAAAUGUUUGAAGGAUUGUCCAAAAAUAAGGAAAAGAAGGCAUCAACAAAACCACCGCCAGCAAAGAAAGGUAAGAAGAAGAAGAAUGAGACAAUUAUACAAGACAUUGAGGCACCGGAAGGACAUAAGAAUGUAAAUUUAAUUAAAUCAAGUCAGUUUUGUCGUGAAAUGGACAAUGAUGUAGCUUUAUUGCUGAAUGAGGAAUUUAAACUGUCAAUGUCGCAAAGUGACGACACAGACUUUACAUUAACUGAGCUUAUUUACCUCCUCGAUGAUGUCUAUGACAAAUUCAUGGCAAUUUUUAAGGCACAUAAAGUCGAUGCGAAAGGAUUUACAGAUGAAAUAAAAAACAUCCGUGACAUAAAGGCACACAUAAUGCCAUAUUUAGUCCGCAUUUUUCGCAAUAUCAAUAAGGAAAUUGGGAAUGUGAGCAGUAAUUCAAUGGAAAGUGACGAUGACGAUGAAGCUGCAUUGUUUACAGCCGAAGGAAUUUUGAUUAAGAAGUCAUUCCACAUGAUUCUCAAAAUAUUUGAUAUUCUCUUUUCAAGCAAGAAGCUCAAAUUGGACGAUAAUUCUGAAGUCUUAACAGACAUGCUGAAACAAUUGAUUGAAAACAGCACAAGCCAUUUUAGAUCACAAGAGCUAUUGUGUACGGCAAUUAUUGAACAGUUUAUGGACUAUGAAAAGAAUGCAAAAGACAUUGGCGGUGCUGUUGCUUUAAUUGAUUUUAUGACCACAAUUAAUUCAUUCAAAAAGGACAGAAUGAAUUCCGUGAAAAUUUGUGAACUAUCCGAACGAUUGUUAAGGACAAGGUGGAAGAAUUCAAGUCGUCAACUUGAGCAUGGAAGUGCAUUGAACUCUUGCAUUGAGAAAUUAUUGAAAAUUUAUGUCAAAAAGGCAACAGAUUUGGAAUCGAUUGAAAAACUUGUUGAGAAUAUUGAAGAGAUAACAAAUAAGAAUGAAUUGGUUGCAAAUAAAGUCUUUCCGUGCAUCACAAAAGCUAAUUUAAUUUACAUGCUGCGAAUCUACAUACAACGAUAUUCAGAGAUUAUAAAUUCAACGAAAAGUGCUAACAUGACAUUUGAAUUUUGGAAGACAUGCACAAAAUUGGAAGAGAAGUUCUUAUCAAUUGUCAAGUGGAUCAAGUCAAUGGUUGCAUUCAAUCUGUUCCUUAAAAACUUUAUUGUUUACUUAAAGAAAUUGAAUUCGGAUGGAAUGAAUAUUUUGAAUGAAGCAGCACGAAAAGAUACUCAAAGGUUCGUUCAACUUGUUAAGGACAUCCAGAAGAUUAGACGAAAUGCACAUGGCGUGGCAUGUGAAUUGAAACAUCGUAAGAAUAACAGCAUAUCUGCGAUUUUACCAACAGCUCGACAACAAUUUGAAACGUUUUAUCAUGCAGCCGGUAAAAUUGCUAAGCAGGCAAACAUCACGAAUGAUCAUUUGUCAGUUGGGACAUUAAGAAACUUUGAUGUUGAUGGUGAAGACAUUUUCUCGCAAAAUACAACAGCUAUUAAUACCCAAAAUGGAUCAAUAAUGGAACAAAGUGAUAAUGAGGAUGGAGAAGCUGAGAAAAGUGAUGUGGACAUGACUCCUGAUUUAUCUGACAUUGAAACCAGCGAAGAUAGUGAUGAUGAGACUGGAAACAAGAAAAAAAGAAGCAAGAAAGAUAUGCAAAGUUCAAUGCGUUCAAGAAGUACAAUUUUGUAGAUUAUUAAGAUAAUUAUUAAUGGCAUCAUAACCUAAAAUCCAAUAGACUGUUUUGGUUCUUUGUUUUUUAACUGAACAAAUAAAGAUACUGAGAAAAGUUUUUAUUCAAAAGUUUAUUCUACAUUAUUAAAACAAAUCUGUGACAAAGUUUAUUAAGGAGCGUCAUGACUUGAUUGGAUCCAGGUCAGGGGCGUAGCCAGAAAAUUUUUAAGGGGGGGCCCAUUUUCGAAAAUUAAAAAACCAUUAUUUUGUAUCCUUAAAUCUAUAUUCAUUCUUCAUAAGUUUAAAUAUUUAAUUCAAUAUUCAUACAUUAAAUUUAAUUUUUUGUGCUUUCUUUCAUCACUUCCUCUACAUUAACUGGUUCUUCUCUAUAAAUACUUAAUAAAACAAUUAUCAGAUUUUCGUAGGGGGGGGGGCCUAUGGCCCCCCCUACGCCCCUGAUCCAGGAUUGCAAUACAGGCACCUGUGUACAGGAAAACCGUACAAUUCCUUGAUAAUUUGUAAGUUGUCCCAUAUGAAUCCAGUAUCUUGAAAUAAAGCAAAAUUAAAAAUCACACCAAAACUUUCUUCUAUAAUUCAAUGAAUUUUUCUUUCAUUUUAUUUUAAUUCUCAUUUUUGAAAAAUAAAUUUGCUAUGAUCAAUGCUGUCCAAAGUAAGGACAAAGAGUGAAAUGUAUAGAUAAAUUUUUGUUUAUGCUUAGUUAUAAUUCUUUAGAACAUCAUCUGCUUAUUUGUUGUGAGUUAAUAAUGUGUAAUGUGAAGAUUAGGAUUCUAAAACAUAAAAAGGCCACAAUCUCAUGACAGAAUUUAUUUAUUUUAUAUUUUUUCACACAUUUUAUUUCAUUUAUUUUUGUUAAUUUUUAUAUUUAAUUCCUUCAUAUCUUAAUUUAAGUAACUUCUUCUUUUUUUGUAUUCUCUUUUUAUUUCGAAGAUUUGAUUGCAAAGCACUUAUGGGAAGCUGAUUUCUUUACUUGUUUUAAUUUCUGUAUGACUUAAAUUUUAUCUCUCACAUGAAUUAAGAACAUUAACAUAAGCAUACAUAUUAUAAUUUAUAAUUCUAAUGAAGCUGCCAUUUUAUGUUUCUAAACACAAAGUAUCAAAAAUUUACAGUUCCAUACCAAUCUACUUUAAAAUAGCCAUAAUCCCCCUUCUCCUUCCCUUAUUCCUCAUCUUUUUCCAGUUCAAAACAACCUACACAUAAUUUUUAAACACCACUUAAAAAUUGACGAGAAUGUCAUAAAUAUCCAAAUUUUUACUUCCUAUCUAUACACUUUUACUUUUUGAGCCAAUCAUUUCUUAUCUAGUAUGACAUUCCAACGUCAAUUACAGACUAACAAAACAAUCAGGAAUGGCUUCUUUUUGAAGAAAUUGUUGGAAUUUGAUGCAAAUUCAAUUUUCUACUAAUUAUGAUCUUAAUGCUGUUUGGAUGUUAUUUUUGGUCAAUAUCUAUUUGAGGUUAUACGCAUUGAGGUUAAAAACCUUAAAUUAAUUGAAUUUGAUCAAUUUGUCAACUUUCAGAUCAAAAAUUAUCAAGGGGAAGACAGCUUGUUAAAAAUUCCCGAUUUAACCUCAAAUUCUUUCAAUUAUUCCAAAAAAGAAGCCAUCAAAAUAGAACUAAACACAAUUCAUAGAUUCAGAGUACAUUACAGAUAUUCAACAUCCUCAUUUUGUUUGACUCAUCAUUCAAUUUAUAUUUUUAAAUUUAAAAGGCAACUUCAGUGAAUAUAGGCCGUUGAACUAAAACAUUUUCUUUUUUUGUAGUUUACAAAAUGAACUAUAAUAAUUAAUUCACAUGAUACAUCCACUCUCUAUAAGAAACAAAAGAUUCAUGUACAAAUAUUUCUCAAUUAUUAAGUUUUAAUUAAGUCAUUUAACACAAUAAGUAGUAAAAAAAUUAAUCACGCGAAAAAAAAGAGUUUUUAUAUACAAAACAUCAACAACCAGUAAGAGAUAUAUGAAUUAAGCGAAAAUAGGGACAAUGUGUGGAUAAUAUAAGUUAAAUGCCAUAAUUAUGAGUUAAUUAAAGAACAAUUUUCAUCUUUUGAUUGUAUUUCUGCUUUUAUGGGGGUUCGUUUAUUAAUGACGUCUAUCAAAAAAUGAGAUUUGAUACUUGUAUCAACCUUAUUUUGAAUGUUUUAUUGAUAAAAUUGCAACGGCUUAUUUGACAUUGAAAUUUUAAACUUAAGUUUUGAAUUUUAAAAAUUUAAUCUAGAGUUCAAAAAUCCUACUUUAAGUUCAAAAACUAAACUUAGAGUAAACGAAAAUUUAACUAAGAGUUCAAAAAAUGAACACAGAGUUCAAAAAUUGAACCCUAAGUUCAAAAAUUGAACUAAGAGUUUUAAAAAUUGAACUUAGAGUUCAAACCUUGAUAUCUCAAAUUUUUAAAAAAAUCAAAAAGCUAAAGUUCAAAAAUUCAAAUAUUAAUAAACCGUUAAAUAACCACAAAACCUUACUUUUUCCCAUCUCAUACUUAAAUGGACGUCAUAAACGAGCACACCCCUUAUCAUUAUCAUUUUUCAUAGUUUUUGACUACAAAUUCACUCCUACAUUUCUUUUUCAUUUGUAAUUUAUCUCUAAAAUGUUUUAAAUUUAUUAUUAAGUUAAUUUUUUUUAAAUAUAUUCUCAAUUUUAUGUAUAAUUUUAUUAUUUUAUUACUUGAUUAACAUGGAAAUGAGUGAUCCCGUGGUCGCAUAUUAUCAUUUAAUUGAUGUAUUUUUUUUUGCUCACAUUAUCGCCUUUAAUGGCGAUAAAUAAUAUUAAGAUGUAUAACGAUAAAAUUGCAAAUUAUUUAAUUUGCAUGCUAUUAACAUUUUAAAGAUUGUUUUAAUGGUCUUGAAUAAUUUAUUGACUCACGACAGAUAUCAUCACUUUAUCCUUUAUUUUUUUGAUCGAGUUUCUCUUUCCAUUGUUUUUAUCUUCUUUUAUUAAGUUUUUCUUUAUUUUGCAUUGUUAUUGAUUUGUGUUUUAAAUUAACAAUAUUUGUUUGUAUAUUCAUACGAGUGGGUUCAUGCUUGUGGAUAUGGCUCGAAGAUAUCUGUAGUAGAUAGGCCUGAGCAUAGGUCUCGCGUUGAAACUGUUUAUAUGUGUAUGACGGAUAGCCGAAGUGAUAAAUAAGUACCUCGGUGGUCGAGUGGCAAGAAUCUCUGAUUGAGAAGUCAGAGAUCACCUCUUUGAGGUUGUGGGUUCGAUUCACAUUGAACCCGAUUUUGUUUUACUUUAGAAUACACAUAUGGCAGUUAUAGGGAAAUCUACAAUGCUUGUGGCUGAUUUCUGGUCCACGAACCUAGUUAUUGAUUAGGUUUUGGAAAAUAAGCUUUGUUUAAUAAAUAUCAAUUGAAAAUUUGAAUCAUCCAAAUCCUUAAAAAUGUUUUUUAUUCACAUUUUCAUGACUGGGGUGAAUUCGAUAUUAAAGUUUUGGCUUCUGUCCCAAAUUUUUUGAUUCUCAAGGUCAUUUUUGUUUAUUUAUAUUCUUUCAUCUCAAGGUCAUGCCUUACUGUCGUAAAUAAACAUUAAAAACUUGGAAUAAAAAUAAACUCUAAGUCAUGAUUGGAGGAGGAAGGUCAAUUGCGUAUGACGCCAGAAAGGACUUCCCUCUCUUCUUUGUGUUGGAAGCCACUAGUGUGUUUUUGACUUUCAAAGCUUGAGGCAACGCGAUUUUCAUGAAUUAAUUGAAGUUUGGUCUAUACUCAGUUAUACUCAAGGAUUAGGAAUUGAUCAAAAAAGAUCAAUAUCAAAUUUAUCUGUUCAAAACCAUUCUCUGCCCAGCUGCAUGAAUAAAAUUGUGAUAAAAAUCAUAAUAAG